CCACUGCUGAAGAUGGGCGAACGAGGAAGUCUGUUUGGAUUUUCUGUUGCUCUGCACCAAGACCUGAAGACAGAGAGCUACCUGCUAUUAGUCGGAGCCCCCAGAGAGAAGGCGGAGCCAAAUGUUCCAGCCAAUCACACAGGAGGAGUGUACACCUGUCCAAUCAGUGCCAACCAGUCAGACUGCAGGAGGAUGAAGCUCAUAGAUCCAACCAAGAUCCAUGCUGAUGAACUGGUCGAGGACAUGUGGUUGGGCGUCUCAGUAGCCAGUCAGGGCCGGCCUGGGGGGCGUGUCCUGGCAUGCGGUCACCGCUUCACAAAACUCUAUGGAGCGUUCAAUUUAAGGCAAAUGAUUGGCCGCUGUUAUCUCCGUGGAAACGACCUGCGGUACGACGAGAACGACUCUAAUUGGCAGGACCCCGAACAGUCCUGCAGGUAUGUCACAUGA